GCACGUGAAUUUGUUGACACUAGCCUCUAUAAACAUGGUUGCACUAUUGAUAUAUUAGAAUCAAAAAUACGACUUGCAAGAGCAAAACAGUCAAGACUAAAACAAGUUUCAAAAAUUCGAUCUUCCGUUCGUAAAGCCAAACAAAUUCGUUCUGCUCAAUUUCAACGUGCAGCCAGGAAAUUAUUUAAAUCUAAAAAUAAAGAAUAUAAUGCCAAAUUUGUAAAAUUAGCUACUAAUAUAAGUAAUAUGAGACAAACUUCAAUACAUGCAACAGUAGAAUAUACAAAAGCCGUGUAUCAAUUCUUGACUGGAGAGAAGCCACAAUAUUGGGUAAAAUCGACAACUUUAUCAUGGUGGAAUAAUGAAAUUGCAGCUAUAACUUCUAAUCAAAAUAGCCCCAAAGAGGCUUCUUCUAGAUUUUUCA